GUUAGCCAGACACCCGUCCACCCGUCCAACUGGACGGGCAAUCCAGCCAAAAGGGGUAUUUUGGACGGGCAAAAUUUUGAAUCAACAUUUUUUUUUUUGGGGGGGGGGGGGUAAAAACAAAAUUAAUAUAUUCAAGAUCGUUCCAUCGAAACAUACGUGAGGUUGCGUUGUUGUUGUUGUCUGCAUUGGCGCUCGUAAUCAGUGACAAAAUCAUCUGAAAAUGACCGAGUAAGGAUAUGGAUCCGAACUACUUUCGUCAAAAUACGAUAUUUUAAGGUACAAUAAAAGUAAAGUUCGCGGGUUAAUUUUGAGAAGGGCUUCAGACUCGCACUCUGUACACAGUGCCGACCGGAAAGGAUUGGCAAAACCCGAAGAUUGACGAUUGGGAUUGCAACUGAGUAGUCCGAGAACUUUUUCUUUCACACGUGCUCAUUAAAUUGUCAGUUUGUGCGAUGGGUUUUUACUAGUUGUAGGCAUGUCGAAAGGGAAAAUUACGGACUUUUUUCGGUCAAAAGAAAUAACAAAUCCCAGUAGCAGCAGUAGCCAUGUCGAUGUCAGCAGCGAGAGUGACGGCGAUGAAGAAAUUGUAGGCGACCCACGAGACAGGAGUCCCAUUAAGCGCGCGACAGGCACGGCGAGUCCCAGCCCACAGACCAGUACUAGUAGGCCUACUGCCAGCGCCAGUGGGCCGAGCUGGAGUGUCAGUGGUGAACGCCGCGAGACGAACGCUGCCCCAGAACAAAGUGGUCGUGUUCGGAAAUUUCCAAAUUCCUGGCUCGACCAAUUCCCAUGGCUGGAAUAUGAUGAAGUUGAGAAUGUUAUGGUGUGCAAAGACUGUAGAGAAUUCGGAGUAGAAGGUUCGUGGUCAACCGGAAAUAACAAUUUCAGAUUAAAGACCGUAAAGGAGCAUGUUGCUUCAGAUGCUCACAAAACCGCAGCUGCUGGAAGUCAGCCUGGACAGGUUUCUCUUAAUACCCAGUGGCGGAAGGAAAGGGAGGAAAGGAGAAAAGCAAUAGUGACUGCGCUUAAAACAGCUUACUGGCUUGCUACAGAAGAAAUGCCCAACAGGAAGUAUGGCAGCCUGAUCAACUUUUUGCAGGAGUUAAACUUGAAGGAGGCUAAAUUCUUGAACAGGGGAAAAAAUGCAAAGUACACAAGCCCAGAUGUGUACAAUCAGUUGACUGAAUGUUUGAGCAAGGUCAUUUGGAGGCAGCUCAAGUCCGGGAUCCGUCAGUCCCCAACUAUUGGUAUUGGGAUUGAUGAAAGUACAGACAGGGCACAGGAAAAACAUGUCGCAGUCAUUGUCAGGCAUAUUACUAAGGAGGGCCGUGUCACAACAGACUUUUUGUCACUUGAAAGAAUUGAGGACGGUACGGCUGUUGCCAGUUUUGAGGCACUGAAUAUUGUGGCGAAGAAACUGGAUGUUCCGUGGAAAAAGGUUAUGGGCCUUGGCGCUGAUGGGGCGUCUGUCAUGUCUGGGGAAAGGAAUGGUCUGCGAAGUCUGGUGGAAAAAGAAAACCCCCACUGUACGUAUGUGCAUUGUGUCUGUCACAGGCUCAACUUGGCAGUAUCACAGGCCUGUAAAACUUUUCCAGAAAUGGAAACAGUCAACAAAAUACUGUCAGCUGUGUACAGCUAUAUAAACCAAUCCCCAAAGAAACACCAGGAGUUUAAAGAAAUCGCAAUACUCCUAGAGGCAGACAGUGUAAAAUUUAAGAGGGUGUUUGAGAUAAGAUGGCUGUCCAUGGGGGAAUCGGUUCUGGCUCUUAUCAAAAAUUAUGAACCAUUGACAUUCUUUCUCAGCCAGGAGGCAGACAGGGGUGACCCAGUGGCAGUGGGUUUACUGCAGCAGCUGACUUCCUUCCUCUACCUCGGCCUUCUGUUCCUGACUGCUGACAUUUUAGCAGCCAUCCACCACCUCAGCAAACUGUUCCAGUUCCGCGACGUCAGCUUCAGUGCUAUCCAGGGCUCACUGAAGGACUGUAGAGACACCCUUCAGGCAAUGCAAACACAGGAUGGUCCACAUCUAGGAGCAAUGAUGGCACAACUUCAGGCAGGUGAUCCAGAAGUCUUCAGGGGCCAGCGCAUCAGAAUGCUACCUACAGGACGAGGGCAGCAUCAACCUCUGACAGAGCGUUUCCAAGAAGUGCGACGGGAUUUCAUCCAAGAAAUACUGGAUAAUCUUGAGAGUCGUUUUCCACAAGUCACCCUCUUGAAUGCCAUGCAGGUAUUUGAUCCCAUGGCCUAUCCUCAAAAUCCAGAAGACCUAUUUCACUGGGGCAACAGCCAUCUCAACACACUGUUGGAGUUCUAUGGAGAAUCUAAGGAAAAUGCUGAUGGUGUUCGUUUUGACAGGAUCGUUGAUCCAGAUGUUGCAAGAGGAGAGUUCUUGCCCUUCAAGCGAGUGCUUCAUAGAAAUAGGAGUGACGAGGGUGCAGCGACACCUAGAUUUCUGAGACCCAUUGAACUCUUUGAAAAGAUCUUUGAUGCCAGGGACAGAUUAGGCAACAGGCAGAUAUUUCCAGAACUGUUCAAGUUAAUGUCUGCCAGUGUGACAGUGAUGGUUGGGAAUGCAGAGGCUGAAAGGGUGUUUUCUGCCCAGAAUCGCAUCAAAUCCAAACUUCGCGCGGGGUUGACGGUGGAGCACCUGGAUCACCUGAUCAGGAUCAACUACAGCAAACGGCCAGCUUGUCAGUUCCCCUUUGAGGAGGCAGCAGAUUUGUUUUUUGAACAAAACAGAAGGAUUUAAGACAUUCAAAGAAGUUCAAUCACUGUUUAUGAAAUGUGUUUACAAACCUUACACGUACUGCCUUAGCUAUAACCAGCUUAUUUUGUGAUGACCAG